GACGUCAGACGCACGUUCUGAAAAGAAGCGCGAGACUGAAACCGGACCAGAGGGUAUUGACAGGAUUGAGAUUAGAUUGGAUUUAUUUACUAACGUUAAUUGGACGAGGAUGUCGUUGUUGAAGCCGUUUAGUAGACUUCCUGGUUUGAACACGGCGAGCAUCCUGCUGGUGGAGAAUGAGGAGCAGUUUCAGCAGAGUUUAGCAGACGCUCUGGUGGAGGAGACCGCUGUCACUGUGAAUGUGAGACUAGCUAAGAGUCUGCCUCUGCCCAUGAAGAACGAGGAGGGUCGUCCAAGAAUAGACCUGGUGGUGUUUAUCAUCAACCUGACCUCAGAACUCAGUUUCCAGUCAGCAGAAGCUUCCCUGAAAUAUUUGGACCCUGGAUAUUUCCUUGGAAAAGUCUGUUUCAUGGUCACUAACGCUCGUAACGCUUCGGUCCCCACAGAGCGCCUGGACACUGUCAGAAAGCUGGCUGCAUCGCUCCACUGCCCCUUGCUGUUUGCUGAGGAUCAGACACCAGAUGGUGUGGCCAAUGCUACAGAGAGACUGCUGACCAUCCUGAAGGUGGCGGCUGGCCUUGUUCCCAUGGCUACUGCUCUGUACCUGUCCAACCUGACUCGCUGCACGGUGCCCCCAGACAUCGACCAGCCAAGUUUUGAUUAACUCCUGUGGCCGUAUCCUCUGAAGCGAUGCCCUCUCUGACUUAUUCAUGUAUAUAUUUAUUUGUAGUAGUUCAUUGGGACACAUUAGCAUCGUAUGUCCACUAAUCGUUUUACAUUAAAUGUCUGUGGUUUGGCUGCUCUUCUCUGCACUGCGUGGGCAUGUACAGUCUGUGCUUGACUGACAUCUCUCUCUCUCUCUCUCUCGAGUCUGGUGGCAUGAUGUGAUGUCCAGCAUUGGCUCCGCCCACCUACAACCAGAUUGAAAACCCCUGUGUGGGUUUGCAGGGCCAUUAAAUUAUACUGAUAUCAACGUGAUGCUGCACAGCUUCAUUUAAAGCCACAGAGUGGCAUACAGUAUGCUUUCUAUGUAUAUGCUGUGUAGUGUGUGAGUGAGUGAGUGAGUGAGAGUGUGUGUGUGUGUGUGUGUGUGUGUGUUUGUGUUUGUGUUUGUGUGUGUGUUAUGGUUCAGACAUUUGAACCAUCCACUGGAUGCUUUUAACAGGAAAACAAAGUGUCAAUUCGAGGAAAUAAAAGAUGUCUAUGAUCAAUAAAA